UUGCCUUCUUUCCUCUUUACUUCGUCUUCGUCUUCGUCUUAUUCUUCUUCCUCCCCUUCUCCCGUUUGAACUAUGAUAUGCUCUAGGGUUGCUUGGCUCUUCUCGUCGUUGUUUUUCCUCUCACUACCUCUCCUCGUUCUUUUCUCGUCUGUUGCACCUGAGUUGUAGCUUUACAGUUGCAGUUUAGGUUUGUGUUUCGCAAGGUGGUGAAGCGAUUUUUAAGCCAGAAAACCGAGCGGGACGCGGAGAGUGCGAUAGUCUGGGGGGGGGGGGGGGAGGGAGGGAGGGAAGCGGUAGUACGACAUGAGUGUGCCUGCGGUAUCCUCAAACGGUCAGCUGGACGCACAGAUUGCUGAGCUCAUACAAUGCAAACCUUUAUCCGAACUUGAGGUUAGAGGAUUAUGCGAGAAGGCAAAGGAAAUUUUGAUGCGGGAAAACAAUGUUCAGCCAGUAAAGUGCCCUGUCACAAUUUGUGGUGAUAUUCAUGGCCAAUUCCAUGAUCUUGCUGAACUCUUCCGAAUCGGGGGAAUGUGUCCAGAUACCAAUUACUUGUUCAUGGGGGAUUAUGUGGAUCGCGGCUAUUACUCAGUUGAAACCGCAACACUGCUGGUGGCCUUAAAAGUGCGAUAUCCUGAUCGCAUAACCAUUCUCCGUGGUAACCAUGAGAGUCGGCAGAUCACCCAGGUAUAUGGUUUCUAUGACGAAUGUCUUCGGAAGUAUGGAAAUGCCAAUGUAUGGAAGAUCUUUACUGAUUUGUUCGAUUAUUUUCCUCUGACAGCACUGGUAGAAUCAGAGAUAUUUUGUUUACAUGGAGGGUUGUCACCAAGCAUAGACUCUUUGGACCACAUCCGUGAUCUGGACCGAGUUCAAGAGGUUCCACAUGAAGGCCCCAUGUGUGAUCUACUUUGGUCUGACCCUGAUGACCGUUGUGGUUGGGGCAUUUCUCCCCGUGGUGCUGGCUACACAUUCGGCCAGGAUAUAUCUGAGCAGUUCAAUCACAACAACAAUCUGAAGUUGGUCGCAAGGGCACAUCAAUUAGUUAUGGAGGGUUACAAUUGGGGACAUGAACACAAGGUGGUCACCAUUUUCAGUGCACCUAACUAUUGCUACCGCUGUGGGAACAUGGCGUCUAUUUUGGAAGUCGAUGACAACAUGGGUCACACUUUCAUUCAGUUUGAACCAGCCCCAAGACGAGGCGAACCAGACGUGACGAGACGUACACCAGACUACUUCUUAUAGUCGGACUUUCGGAGGUCAUUGGUUUUUUAAGUAUGCUUAGGGCCAUUUUGGAUAAUCUGUCCUCCAUGCACUCAAUUAUGUAGAUUUUCCUCAGUUUAGCAUGAUGUUGCCGAGUGUUAGCAGCCUGGAUGUUGCCAGAACCGCCACAUCAUCACUUGAUGUGUUCUUAUUUCGUCGAGCGGUCAUGCUUUUCUGAUAUCGCGGUGUAGCCGAGUCUCUGAUUGGGGUGUCAUUGCUGUCAAUAGUCCUUACGUGGCCGAUUAUUUUCACUAGACGUCUCCUAUGUAUUGAAGCAAUUGCAGAGCAAGUCAGUACAACUACAGGGCUAUGAUGACAGCGGAAUUUCGAUUUAGAGUUAAGGCGGACCAGCGGUUCGUCUAUAAUGAUAGUCAUUGAUUGGAUACUCUUUUCAGAGAAUAACUCGGCUGGUGUGGGAUCUACCAGUGUAGCCGUUCAACCGGGCUCUUGUCAGGAUCGGCUGGUGGUGUUGAUGGAAUGACUCUGUACAGGCAUUUGGUGUGUACUAAGUAAUGAGGAUCCCGUUGUCAGGGCCCUUCAAUAUCCUUA